AUGGCGGCCGCUGUUGAGCAACAACACCACGACAAAGCAAAGACAAACCUUGACCUUGCCAAUGAUGCUACCGCACGCCUUCGUACAACUAGCGGCGGCCGUGCCUUUGGGCUUGCAGCUUGCCCGGGGCCUGGCCUGGCAACCUCGCGACAGGCCUUGCCUCUCAUCAUCUCAACCCCCUGCCUCUCGUGCGUCUUAGCCUCGACCCAACACUCCAAUCGCCAGCCCGGAGCCGCCCACAUUUCGCCCACACUCGCCCACUUUCAGCCAGCAACGGGAGCUUCAGGUCGCGACUCGACUCGACCGAACGCUGCGCUGCCCGAUCGUGCGACCCCAUCCGUUUCCCAGCCUUUUGUUCUCACCUGCCCAGCUCCCCUCCCAGCUCCCAGCUCCGGGCUCCAGCUCAGCCCAAAAGCUUGCUUGCAGGUGCGGAAAACUGGAACCGCGCUGCCAGACGCGUCUCUUGAUUCGGCCGCCGCGCACCCACCCGAUGCCCAAAGCAGACACAAGUUUAUUAGGUGCCAUCGGUCGGAUUACAGGAAAUACGGGGGGAUUCUCAGGAUCGCUUCGUCUUCCCAAGCCGUCCGUCAUCCUAGCGGACGCGACACGGUUGGCAAGGGGAGGCGGUUCAAGGGCCCUCCUCAAGUCCCCUUUGCCGAGGCAAGCAAGUCGCAAACUUCGCUUGUCUCUACCACUGUUGUUGCCGCCGCCGCUCCCCGUCGCCGACGCCACGAUCCCCGAUCACGACCACGACCCGACCACAGCGACACCGCCAGCAAAACGAGCACCAUGUCGGUCAAAUUCGAGCGGGACACGAUCCAGACCCUUCAAGAUGCGACCUCGACCGCUCUUCAGCCCUUUCAAAGCGUCGCCGCCGACAAUGGCCCCAUAGUCCAGAGGUCCAUCAAGACGGUCACCGAGAAGACGGUCGACGCGGCUGCCCAGCAGGCUGCUGAGCGCGCCGCCGCUCUCGCCGAGGGUCCCGGGCCUAUUCGAAGGGCUUUCGAGGGCGCCGCUCCCCUUCCCGGUACCAGUGGAAAGCACCCGAUCGCCGAGACCAUCGGCACGGCAUUGACUGGAGGAAAGGCCAUGGCCGGCACCAAGGGUUAUCUGGCGGCCUACAUCAAGGAGCUCGAGUCGAACCCUCUGCGCACCAAGAUGCUCACGGCCGGUACCCUCGCCGGAGCUCAGGAAUUCCUCGCCUCGUGGCUGGCCAAGGACCGCAACAAGCAUGGCAACUACUUCACCUCGCGCGUGCCCAAGAUGGCCGCGUACGGUGCCUUGGUCAGCGCUCCCCUGGGCCACUUUCUCAUCUGGCUGCUCCAGAAGCUCUUCAAGGGUCGCGUUAGUCUCCGGGCCAAGAUUAUCCAGAUCGUGGUCAGCAACCUGGUGAUUGCGCCUAUCCAGAACAGCAUCUACCUGGUCGCCAUGGCUCUCAUUGCCGGCGCUCGUACGUUCCACCAGGUUCGCGCCACCGUCAAGGUCGGCUUCUGGAGAGUCAUGCGCAUCUCGUGGCUCACCUCGCCCAUCUGCCUGGCCUUUGCCCAGCAGUUCCUCCCUGACGAGCUCUGGGUUCCCUUCUUCAACUUGGUCUCCUUUGUCAUUGGCACUUACAUCAACACCCUCACCAAGAAGAAGCGUCUCGCCGCCCUGCGCAAGAAGCACUACGGUGAUAGCCGCGAGACCCGACCCCCUUACGGUGACAGCCGUGACAGCCGCGACAACCGUCCUCCUUAUGGCGAUAGCCGUGACAACCGCCCACCCUACGGUGACAGCCGUGAUAACCGACCUGCCCAGAUGGGUCGCCCCGGUCCCGAGGAUUAUCCCCCUCCCCCCACCAACAUUGGCGGACACAAUCCCCAAUACUAA